AUGCCACGGUCGACGCGCCGUGCUGUCUCCGAUGCUGUUGCAGAAAUCAACUGGUCCGUAGCGUGCAACGUCUCUGUUCUGUACCCGAGUCAAAUCGCCACCAUGCAGCUUCCCUCUCUCUCCCUGCCCGCCGUGCUAGGCCUCGUCUCCCUGACGGCCGCGCACAUGCAGAUGACGAACCCGGCGCCGUUCCGUUCCAAGCACAACCCGUACACGACCGACGUCGACUACAACAUGAACAGCCCCCUCGACGCCAGCGGCGCCAACUUCCCCUGCAAGGGCUACCAGAGCCUGCUCAACACGCCGCAGGGCCGCUCCGUCGCGACGUGGCAGGCCGGCGGCAGCUACAGCUUCAGCGUCGAGGGCAGCGCCACGCACAACGGCGGCAGCUGCCAGGUCUCGCUGUCGUACGACGGCGGGCGCACGUUCCGUGUCGUCCACUCGUACGUCGGCGGCUGCCCGCUCAAGAGUACCUGGCCCUUCCAGCUGCCCAACGACACGCCCGCCGGCGAGGCCAUCUUUGCCUGGUCCUGGUUCAACAACAUCGGCAACCGCGAGAUGUACAUGAACUGCGCCCACGUCACCAUCAAGGCCCGCGGCGCCGCUGCCGCCGACGAGGGUGUCUCUGCCCGCAGCCCCUCGGACCCCUUCAGCUCGCGCCCCAACAUGAUGGUUGCCAAUGUCGGCAACGGCUGCUCGACGGUCGAGGGCGCCGACGUGCUCUUCCCCAAGCCCGGCCCGGAUCUGGACAACAUCUCGGGCAAGACGUCGCCUCCUCGUGGCAACUGCAACUAG